AUGGCAAGAUUUGAGUGGGUUAUGCGCUUGGAGUGUGCGAUCCCAUAUCGUCCGCCAGUGGUUCCUGCAUCGAGAAAUUCCAAUCGCAGAGUUCAUGGAGUGAGAGCGAGUCGCGCCAAGGAAGCAAAGAACCUUUUUGUCGCUGGACAGAAGUGUGGCUUCGAAAAGGUCGACCUCGCGCUUGUGCUCGACACUUCCGGCUCGGUCUUCAGAGUGUUUGAAGACCAACGUGAAAUCGCUCUGAACAUUCUGGACGAGAUACCUGUCGAAGCGUACGUGGACGCAGUACAGGUGUCUGUAACCAGAUUUGCUGCCGGUGCAGAUGUGAUUCUGCCGUUCCUAAAGGGAAGGGCUGUGUCUGAGGUCAAAGAUGCGAUAAAGGAAGUAAAAUUCACUGGACAGAAUACUAGAAUUGCCAGCGCUGUUGAGAUAGCACUAGACGAGAUGGAAAGAGCCAAGCGACCGGAUGCCAAGCAGAUUUUCGUUUUGAUAUCUGACGGUCAUGGACAGGAGUACUGGAAUGUCGUACAAGCCACAGGAAAACGUUUACAGGAGACAAAGGCCGAACUGUUCGCCGUCUCGGCCAGUCAGGACUACAACGAAGCCGAAUUGUUGAUUUAUGUUGGCGACGAGAGCCGUGUUUUUGUCGGGCCGAAAUACAAAGGGUAG